AUGACCUAUGAAGAAGAAUGCCCCUCUCCACAAACUACUGAGUUUGCCGAGUAUUUUGCCGAAUGGUACAUCUUGGGGACAGUGAUCCGUCAUGAUUGUGAGGUUGGCUACAAGAGAUUAGGAGGAAGUAGCAACCGGAUGACCUGCGAGAAUCAAUCUGGCCAAGCUCAGUGGACCUGCCGGCUUCCCCCCAAGUGCAUAGCCGCUUCUGAGCUGACUCAUAACUCAUCCCAGAAGCUCUCAACUGAAGUGUGCGAAGGAAGUUCCAGCAGCUCCCAAAUAACAUCCCACCACAUUAUGAAAGAUGGAUGCAGACUCCCCAGGCCCCUCAGCCAUGCCACGGUCAAGGUGAUUAAGUAUCUUGUGGGACAAACACUGCAGUACAGAUGCCUGGAUGGAUACCACGCCUGGACCCCCAUCUCUGGAAACAGCACUUGCCAGGAUUUCAACGGGAAAGGAGUGUGGUCCCGCUUAUCUCUGCGCUGCGCCAAUGAUAGUACUAGUGUCAUUACCGAAGGGGCACCAAACCCCUCCCUCAGCUCAGGUAAGAAGUAUUAG